AUGCUUGAUGCUCGGUACAAAGACUGUUAUUUUUACUCUGACAAAAAGGGAAAUGCACAGACUAUGCUACAGAGUGUUGUGGAUGAAAUGGCUGGUGGUGGUGAUGAUCAACAGGAAGACGCUGCUGCUGGUACCAGUGCAGAUGAACCAAGCCGGGAGGACGGGACCCCACCACUAAAGAAAGCCCAAAAUGAAAGCCUGCAGGACAUGUACCAAGAAAUCCUCGCAGAGAAUGAUGUUGUACAACAAGCUGCUACAGGUGUAACUGCUUCACAGGUGCAGGUAUACAUUGGAGAGGUCACCAUCCUCAAGACAACAUGCCCAUUGAUGUACUGGAAUUCCAACCAAACCCGUUUCCCUGCUUUAGCCCAUGUUGCACGCAAGUACCUCACUGCACCCUGUACAAGUGUAGACAGCGAACAGCUGUUUAGUGCUGUCUCUCAUGUCAUUGACGAGAAGAGGAAUCAUAUAUUUUGUGACAAUGCUGAGAUGCUCAUUUUUGUCCAGAAAAAUCUUCCUCUCAUACAUUAGUGGAGUGGAACUGUAUGAUUUAAA